GUCCGGACAUCUUCAAGUUGCCAAGGUUGAGAAACACUGCCCUAGGCUCUCUUGAGUUGUGUGCUGCCAAAGAGUGCUCCAUGAUCCUGUACUAUACAUAUAUGCCAGAGGUUUUUCCAAGGGAUAUGACAUAUGCAUAUUUCCAAUAUUAAAAUGUAUUGAAAGUAGCCAAUGAAUUUUAUACAUUCUAGAUAUCUAUUUCGAUUAGGAUUAUACUUUGAGUUUUGCAUUGAAUUGGUAGUGGAUUAUUUUUUAAAUAUAUAUUAAAACUUGUAAGUUAAAAGCAAAGAGUAUAGUUGUAUGGACGAUGGUAACUUUUGACUAGUUUCUUGUUUGCACAAGUUCUUGGUUGGUUUUUUUUAAAAAACAAUAUAGUGACAACAGUUUAUAGGCUGUUGCUCCAGAUCUCAUCUCCCAGGGUAGCUUUAGUAGUCUAGGAUUAUCAUGUAGUUUGAAUGGGCAAGUGGGGAAAAAGGAAGCGACAAUGUUUACCUUUCUUGGCAUCUGUGAAAAUAUUUACAGCAAAAAAAUGUACUUAGGCCUUCAUGUAUACAAAAUCAUUUUUUCCAGCACCAAAAGACUUAAGUCCUUCAAUUGUAAUAUUUCUUUCAACAAAUCUUUAUUUUCAGGAACAUAUGUAGCUAUAAUACCGAAUUUGCAACAAUGUGCUUUGUGAAUAUCACCAUAGAAAGGUAUGGCAGAUCAUGUGGUCUCAUGGAUUUCAUGGGGCUGAAUUGAAGCCAAUUGCUGGAAUCAGGAAAUAAAGUACAGUAAGUCUAGGCUAUUGAUGAACAGAGAAAAGACAGAAGAGAAUUUACAGGGCCAUAGUAUAGGAAAGUUUGACCACUGUUGUAAAAACAGUUUAAAAUUUUAAAAAACCCAGAUACUAAAAAAAAACCCCUCUGUGUUACACUUUAAGACUAUGCCUGACAUGUCCUCUUUUUGCUGAAUGAUAACUCUGUAUUAGUUUGAGUCUGGCAAAUAUUUGCAGUAGUAGUAGUGCAAGGUGAGGAAGGAUUCUAUUUUACUCACCUAUGCAUCCUUUUUCUGCUAUGCUGCAUUCAAAAUGUACUUCCUGAGAUGAAUUGCCAGCAUUUAUAUUACAGGUGAUCAAUUCUGGAUUUUCCAUGCUGUUUUAUUCCUGGAAUGAUUUCAAUAAAGAUUCCUUCAAAAUGAUAACAAACAUCAUCAUUUUGAGUAUACUUAUAUGUAUUUCUUUAUCUUUCUGGAUUGUGUCCAUGACCGCAAGCACAUAUUAUGGUAGCUUGCGGCCAAUUUCUCCAUGGCGCUGGCUUUUUUCAAUUUUGAUCCCGCUAAUAAUUGCUUCACGAGGAUUUAGGAAAAAGAGUCUUGAUCAUGGUGGAGCAAUAGGAGGUUUAAUUGUUGGAUUUAUCCUCACUGUUGCAAAUUACAGCUUUUUUACCUCCAUGCUCAUGUUUUUCGUUACUUCUUCCAAACUCACCAAGUGGAAAGGAGAAGUAAAAAAACAAAUAGAUUCAGAAUACAAAGAAGGUGGACAAAGAAAUUGGGUGCAAGUAUUUUGCAAUGGUGGUGUACCUGCAGAAUUGGCUCUGCUAUAUAUGAUUGAAAAUGGACCAGGUGAAAUUCCAGUAGAUUUCUCUAAACAAUAUACAGCAUCUUGGAUGUGUCUAUCAUUACUGGGUGCUUUGUCCUGCUGUGCUGGGGACACCUGGGCUUCAGAAAUUGGCACUGUCAUGGGUCAUGAACCUCGGCUAAUAACAACCUGGAAAAAAGUUCCUAUAGGUACUAAUGGAGGUAUUACUUUAGUGGGUUUAAUUUCAAGUGUGCUUGGAGGCACAUUCGUUGGCAUGGCUUACUUCAUUUCCCAGUUGAUUUUUGUGAAUGAUUUGGAUAUAUCUGCUCCACAAUGGCCAAUUAUUGUGUUUGGUGGUUCUGCUGGUUUACUGGGCUCUAUCAUUGAUUCCUACUUAGGAGCAACAAUGCAGUACAGUGGUUUUGAUAAACGAACUGGAAUGGUUGUCAACCAUCAGACAGAAAAUGCAACACACAUUUCUGGUAAACCAAUCCUGGAUAACAAUGCAGUGAAUCUCUUCUCCUCUGUAGUAAUUGCUUUGUUAUUGCCAGGAAUAGCAUGGGGAUUUUGGCCAAGAGGAUGAAGACAUGUCUCCAUUUGCAUUUUUUUUUCUUCAAACAAGCUGUGACCUAAAGGAUUCUCUGCCAAAAGUCUUUAUAAUUCUGGACUGGAAUACAUUCCUGCAACUGUUCUGAAAGCAUGAGGAAUCACUAGGUUAUUAAAGUGAUACUUCCUGCAGCAGUUUUAGGUAGCUAAGACAGACAGGAAGAGGAGGAGUCCUGAUUUAAUAUUGCUUCUUAUGUAAUAGACUAUAGUUAUCACUUGAGUUAUUUACUUGAUAGAAUAUUUGAUUGCACUUCAUUCUCCAUAAUCUAUUAGGCAAAUGGGAACUGGGAAGACUAAAAUAACAAGUGGAUAGAAUGCCACUACAGCACCUGAACAAGUAAAGGAUCUUGGUCUAGUGACUAAACUAAAUGCUAAACUUUCUAUAUUAUUUUGAAAUCUAUUUUUUGUGGGGACCUAUUGUACUAUAGCUAGUGAAUUGACCAGUCUAGGUACAACAUUCAAUACAAUCACAACUUUGCUUUUUGCUGUUCAAAUAUUUUUUUUAAAUUUAUAUGGUAUGAAAGCUAAUACUAACCUAUUGGUGCUUAAAGUUUAAAAUUUAAUUUAUUGGGUUUAAAAUAUUAUGUUUAAAAAACAAGAAUGUACGUUUUGGGCACUGUCUGUAAUUACUAGCUAUAGUUUUAUCCUGGCAUAUGGAACAAAUACUUAUAUUUGUUCAAAAUUUGUUUGAUCUUUGAAAUGGAUCUUGCAUUUUAAAUUGUAAUAUCUUACCACUGAUAUCUGUAUAAAUAGGUUUAUUUCUUCAUAAAGAUUGGGCCAAAAGUGAAAUUCAAUUAAACUGAAAGCAACUCUUACUGAUAAAUUACUUUUUAUUUUUUUUGUAUAAUUUUAAAAAAAUCUAUUGGCAAAUUAUAUUAGAAAUGCAAUGAAAAAUUUGUCAGGUUUGUUUGCAAGUAGAUUCAUUUUCCAUAGACUUAUAUUUGUCAUUUUAUAUAAAUCAGAUACUAGAAUGUUUAAUUUUACACUAAUCUUAAAGGAAAAAAGGUAAGAAGUUGGUGGAUGCUUCAAAGAGGCUAUACCUACAGUUUUUAAUAUUGUUUGUAGAAAUUGACUGUUUUCAGUUGUUUAUCUUAUCAGUUACAACUGUAGAUAAGAAUUCAUAUUAAUAAGGAAUGUGCAUAAAGCAAAUUUGAAGAACCAUUUGUAGAAAUUGAUUAAAACAACACAAUAUGCACAUGUAAUAAAGGACACUGGGAAUUUCUGCAAAAAUUGACAUACAGAUUUCUGUAAUAUAGACAUGGCAUAAUAAAGUCAAUACAGCACUAACUAGUGUUGAUACUAAUGUUGUUUUCUUAAGCAUCUGAAAAUUUGGGUAUUUGUUGAUAGUGGCAAAAUAAAUAAUAAAAUCUUAAUGCAACCCAAUAAAUUGAUUGGAUUGGAUGAAGAUCUGGUUAAAAUGUUAUAGAUAUCAGUGAAGCAUUGUGAACAAAUUAUAAAUAAGAAAAAUGGAAAAUAUAAUAUUUAAUAGGAUUGUAUGAGUUGAGGAGAAGAAUGUAAAUUGAAAUAUUUUCUGAGCCUCGAUGUAUUUAUACACCAUGAUAAAUAGAGCAGUAGACAACUUUUUUGAAAAUACAUGUAGAAAAUGUGUCCCAAAUGAGGCUCUUAUAAAUAUGUUCAAAUAAAAAUGACUUUAAAGUGG